AUUGAUUACGGUCGGAUGAUGUACUAUGUAAAAACUAAAACUAGUUAAAAACUAAAUUGAUAUAUAAGUGUAACAGUGAAAUGAUAAAAAAAAAGAAAUGAAUUAAGAUUAAAAGUUGCAAAAUAAAAAGAAGUUAAUGGGUUUAAUGUUAUUAUGUGUUGGUUUCUGAACGUGUUCACUAGGGAAACAGUUGAAGAACGAGGCAAGCAGUACAUGAUCCACGUUUCAUAAGGAAGGCCACGUGUCACGUGCUAAAGUCUGCCACUCUGCCUAUAACUGUACCAUGAAAUCAACAGGUACCUUCAGUUUGAGUUAAUUCAGAAAAACAUAAUACAAAUUAAAGGAAAUCGGUGUUAGGAAGAAGAAAUUUGAAAGAAAAUGGCAGUGAGCAUUUCGUUAGCCAAGAAUGUGAUCUUCAACCUCUGCAAGCCCAAGGCUUUCCCUAAUCCUAACGCUUCUCCUCCAUCUCUCAAACGCUCCACCAAGAUUUCAUCCCUCUCUUUCUCUACUUCCGCCUCUAAACAUCCCUCAUGGGAUGGAAAAGAAGUGGAUGCGAAUAGAGACUCGAGGGCGGACUAUGCAUACGAAGAUGCUAAGGAACGAGCGAAGGAAGGAGCCCAAGAAAUGAAGGAGAAGGCAAAAGACUAUGCGAAGGGGACGAAAGACAUGGCAGUGGAAGAAACAAGCAAAGCCUCAGAGACAGCCCGGGCGGCGAAGGAGAAGGUAAAAGACUACACGCAUGACGCCAAGGAGAAGGUGAAGGAAGGAACGAACCGAGCAGCGGAGACAGCGGAGGCGGCGACGGAGAGAGCGAAGGAAGGGGCUAAGGGAAUGAAGGAGAAGGCGGAGGAGAUGGCGGGGGAGGGGAGGAACAAGGUGCAGAAUAUUGGGGAGAAGGCGAAGGAGACGGUGCAAGGGGCAUGGGAGGCGGCAAAGGAUACGACGAAUAAGAUAAAGGAGAAGGUAAUGGGGAGUGAGGAAGAGGGUGAAGAAGGAAGGAGGAGGAGGAGGAGGGAGAGGGAGGAUGAAGAUGGGAAGGUGAUGGAUGAAGAUGUUGAUCUUAGGAGAAAAGCUGGGACCAAGUUCGAUGAAUGAAUAAUUAUAAUUAAAAUAUUUUCAAUAAUGGGUUUAGUUGUGUUUCUUAUUUCGUUUCUUUCUGCUAACAUCAUUGGAGUGAAUGUUUUUUUUCCCCUUUUUUCCUUUUGUUCUUUAGACUUUUUUGAUCGAGAAAUAUUGUGUUGGAUAUGGGAACUGUUCAACGAAUGUAUAAAUAAAGUAAAUUCU